AAAGUCACACAUGUCGUCGACACAGCUCCAGCCGGUGUUCGGUCAGAAGGAGCGGUGUUCGCGCUGAGGAUACUUUCACUGUCACCGGUGGGUUAACUCGUUCCACGCAGCGGACAAUGGGCAUGCUGGUGUGACCUCCUCCGGCUCCACAGCUCAGGAGACACUCGUGGAACGAGACGACGCAGCUCCAGCGAGGCGUCGACAAAGACUGGACAGUAAGACAUGAAGACCUGCAGAUUAAAAACUGUGAUGGACGGACCCACAGCCUCCUGCAGGUGAAGCUUCAACUUUCAAAUUCCCUGGCUCCUGCUCUUCGAUGUCAUUAUGUCACAAUCAGACUGCAAAUAUGGGAGUGACCCCCACACGGAGCAGAGUUGGAUGCUCCUCAGCUCGCCUACGCAUCAGAAAUAUGGGAGAACGCCCGUCAGGACUUUUUUGGACUUCAGGCACACAAACCAGCCUGAAAAUCCGGACGUCAAGUUGACUCCCCUGCUGUCGCGGAGCGUCUCCAAAGUCCGACUGCUCAGUUUCCUCCUGUGCCUGGCACUGACCUUUCUCGUCAUGGCCUCCUAUAUCCUGCCCUGGGAAAAGACGGGACUUCUGUUCACCCCCUCACCCUUUCAGCUCGGACCUGUGCUCGUCCCGACCGGCACAUCAGAAAAAGAUUUGUCUGAAAAAACAUUAAUAGACAUGAAAUUGCUGGUGAAGAUCAUCAGCUUCAAAUUGGAAUACUCACCCAGGAAGGUGCCUGACAUAAAGGACGUCAUUGAAACUGAGGCUCCUUUGUUCUCUGUAGUUCCUCGCCAUUUCCUGCCGAGCAUCAAGAGCCCGUGCUGGUACGAGGAGUUCUCAGGCGACCUUGGCACUGAUCCCUACCGGAGGAACCUCUUCACGCUGCGCUCGAAGGGCUUCAAGACUGUGUGCGAGCAACUGAAGAUCGACUUCCACCGACACUUGUACCACCGGGACGGCGAAGUGUUUCGUCUGCGCUGCUUGCCGUACUUCUACAUCAUCGGCCAACCCAAGUGUGGCACGACCGACUUGUUUCAGAGACUGCGGCUGCAUCCGGAGGUCAGGUUCAACACCAUUAAGGAGCCGCACUGGUGGACCAGGAAACGCUUCGGUUAUAUCCAUUCCAAAGAUGGCUUCUUGGAAAGUUUUCCUGUACAGGACUACCUGGAUCUGUUUGACUUGGCAGCUGUUAACAUCCAAGCAGGAAUCAAUGGAAAUCUAUCUGGAGACCGCAGCGCGCUCCGGCUAAUAACAGGUGAAGCCAGUGCAUCCACUAUGUGGGACAACCAAGCCUGGAGCAACCUCCACGGAGGCGGGGAGGAUGCCGAGCCUCCGUUCCUGGCCCAGGACUUCAUCCACGCCAUCCAGCCCGGUGCAAAAAUCAUUGUCAUGCUCAGAGAUCCAGUGGAGAGGCUUUAUUCUGACUACCUGUACUUUACGGUGGGCAACAAGUCGGCAGACGACUUCCAUCUGAAGGUCGUGGAGUCCGUGCAGUUGUUUCACUCUUGCCUGUCUGAGAGGACAAUGCGUUACUGCGCCUACGACACCAGCCUCUCUAACGCCAUGCCGGUGAGGCUGAAUUUGGGGAUGUACGUCGUCUUCUUACUGGACUGGCUGACAGUUUUCGAUCGGGAGCAGAUUCUGGUUCUUCGACUGGAACACUACGCAGCCAAUAUCAAAGUGACAAUCAGGAACGUUUUUGACUUCCUGAGUGUAGAUCCUCUGUCUGAGCAGGUGGAGGCAGCAGUGACCAAACGGCCCAUGUCCAACACUCGGCGGGCGGCGGACAGGAACCUGGGUCCGAUGCUUCCUGUCACCAGGAUCCUCCUCAGGGAAUUUCACCAGCCCUUCAACCAUAAACUCGCCAGUGUGCUGUACAACAAGGCCUUUCACUGGAGUAACACCUGAAGGGGUGGACGUGGAAUAACUCCUGAUGGACGUGUAUGAGAAUGAGGAUCAUUUUUUAUGACCGCAGGACGGAGGUGUGCUUGUGCAGCCUGGUGUGCAAGCACGAGUCAAUGAGAGCAAAUACAGGCAGCGUCACUUUGAACACAAGAACGAUGAUGAGCACAGCAGAAAAUAUUUACCAGAAUAAACAAACUCACAGACGCCUGCUAUUGAGUUAAAAAGAGUUAAUGCUGGUCUCUCUGAGAUUUAACACCACGCCUGCAGAUGGACCCACACCAUAUCUCGCACAUGAGAUGCACACAAGUCAUGCAUUGUCACACAUUGUAGAAGUGGCGGUGGCACUUGAAGCUCUGCAGGUCAUCUUACCCCGUGCUGUCGUUGGCGCUUACACACGUGUGUCAUGUAAAGAUCUGAUGAGACAACCUUUUAUUCUUUAAGAUGAGGAAUAUGAAAGAGAAGAAUUACAUGAGUUGGAGAACUGUUUUUAAAUAGGGAUGUUUUGCUGCGCAGGGACCUUUAUCGCCUCCUAGAGGUCCGCAGCAGGAAGAGGUGGUGAGAGGGGUCAGAGUUUGUUUCUUUGAGAUCGUGCAUCGUGGUUGUAGUGAUUCCACUGAUGACAGGAGGGUAUCAGUAAACUUGGAUGAUUUAUUGAAUAUGUUCUGCUGCUAUUUGUGGGUUUUAUAGGAGGUCCUGGUGAGUAUUGAUGUCCCAUUCAAGCGUAUUGCUAGUAUUGGUGCUGAGGAAUGGACAAGCCUGUGAUCAUGGUUUCUCCAGUGAUGUGUAUUCGGGGUUGUGGGCAUGCUGGCCUCUGGAAUCUAUAAUUACGUCUUUCGUUUUAUGACCUUGUUUGCUAUUUGGAUAGGGAACAUUGAGUGGUUUGUGUAGAGGCACAAGAGUCAGGGUGAGAGUACACAAGUUAGGGUGACGCCUGUGUUGUGUGUCAGAGACUCUAUUAGCAUGUGUAGGGAUCAACGUUCAUGUCCAUCUGUUUAUUGAAGGGAUUAACACAUGGGCGUAGGCGUCAGGUGUCGUAGUGCGUGAUCAACAAGUGCAAGAAGCUAUAGCAGCAGCGGAGUAAGCACACUGUGUAGGGAAGUGUGUGGGUCUUUGUGAUAUUUAUUUGCUUUUGAAAGAAUGAUGAUAAUAAUACAAUUAGGUGGAUUUGUGUUUUAAUUUGAAGUUUUUAAUUGUACUUAGUCUUAUCCAUCACCGGAUGAUGGAUGCUAAUUUUAUUUAUUUUUAUUCCUUCUCUCUUGUUUCCACACACAUUCUCUCAUUCACACUUAUAUCAGACUUAGUGCUGUGUCACCAGUUACUUCUCAUGAAGUUCAUAUUGGGACUACUCAGAUCAGUUCCAUCAUCCAAAUCAUUACGUUUUUCCUCAACGUAUGUAAAGAAUUAAAAUUUUUAAUUAUUAAGUAUUAGUUACCUUAAGUCUUCAAUCAAUCUCCAAAACGCUAUCCUGAGGAGCAAAUAGGAAACUUAGUAAUAUCCACACAUUCCGACCUCUUACAACAUUAUAUUUAACCACCAAACUUCUCCUAGCCUUUAUUUGUAACAGAAUUCUUAAGGUCUUGCCGUUUUUUAAUUUGUGCCCGAUUCAAUGGGGUGUCUGGCUAGUGAAGCUCCUGACUCAUCAUUGCAGGCCGCCUCUUCCUCAAGUAUCACGCCCCAAUUCCAAAUUAGGUUGCACGGAUGCAAACUAUUGCUUGAGUCGUCUGUCUUUCCUCCAAUCUGAUUUAGUUUUAAGGGUUCAUGCACGUUUUAGCUUGUUUCUGUUGCGCCAAGACAGGGUCCCAGACCUCUCAUAUAUUUAGACUUUUUUUCUGUUACAACUUUCACAACCUUUGUUCCUUCCCUUGAUUUCACAUUGCUUUGGUGUACACUUUCAUUGCUUCCCAAAAACACAGGACUUAUUAUUUUACCUCCAUUCUCCUCUCCGCACACUCACAAUCUAUAUCAAUGUCUAUAUAACUAAGCAGAAUUUGUUUUAACAGGUUUCUGCUUACCUUUUGGUUUGGCGCCCUGUGAGUAUGUGGAGAAUCGAUCAGAGCGGCCUCGACCUUUGGGUCUCCGAUCUGUCUGGUCAAAACUUGCUUCGGGGUCACCAAAUAUGAGAAGAGCUGGUCUCGGUUUGGUUCAACAAGUAUUUAGAAGCAAUGACAAGGUAUGAAAAGGUACAGCAAAGCAAUGGGCACCCAACGCACAGCCCCUGCCCUCCAGCAGCAGAGGGCAAUCAAGAGUCAUCCAGAACGGACGGCGGUUGAAAUACUUAUAUCAGUAGGUAGAACUUGAUUGGUCAAUAACGAGGGGGAGUCGCCCUGGUUUAGACUUGGUUAUUCCUUGAUGGUGCACGGACGUGGUCCCAGCCUCUUGGCACUGGAAUCAGGAAAUUAUGAGGAGCCGCUCCCAGUUCGCCCCUCCUCUGACAGUUGCUGGGCAUAUCUUCACAUCCUGACAGUUUGAUUUUGUGUUUCACAAACAAGCCUUGACUCAGCUGAGGCCUUCUGGGUCGGUGUUGUUGUUCAUUGGAGUAAGGAAUAUUGUGUUCCUCCUUUAUCGGCUGUAUGUUCUGUGUGUGUAAACAUGUGAAUUUUCCAGACAAAACAAACGCCUUUCCUAUCUGCCCUCCAGAACCUGGGGCAGCUGCUUGAAUUCUUUCUAAGGCGUAGGUCACAGUUUAUUAUAAGGAAAGUGCAUUCAUGUAUGUGUGAUGAUGAAUAAAGCUAAGGGAAUAAAGCUUAUAAAGCUAAUAAAA